AACAGUAUUGAUUUUUGAAGGUGCAUGUAGAUAUCGAUCAGCAUGACCCGUCGAAUUGAGGUAAUGUUGUUUACUUCCUCGUUGCGAGAAAGAUGAAUGGCGGCCGUUAUGCCAUAAGUGGUGCUUCAUUCUGAAUACCAAGAGGGCAUUUUCUUUCCUCGCCAUGAAAAUCAAUCCGUUAUUCUUUGCGAUUUGUUUAUCGUUGAUAGUUUCAGGCACAGCGAGUUUUUGGUUCUGUGAUUCUACGGAUCCCUGUCAUGCUGCGAACACAUCUGAACCAUUUGAACCGGACUUUCGUGCUGAGAACUGUCAGUACGUGAAUCAUGCCAGUAGACAGUUAUGUGACCGCUAUAUAACCCCUGGGUGGUACAGAUUCGCACAGGACAUGUUAAAUCACCCUCCAAUGUUAUUGAGCUGUGCGGCCGUCUAUCCGUCCUGGCUGAAUGGUACUCUGCCAACAGUAGAAGGAGAAGAAGUCGAGAGAACGGUUUGUAAAGUUGGCUUCAGGGAUUCCUGCGUCAGGAAAGUAGCUAUCAAAAUAAAACAUUGUGGAUCCUUCAAGGCUUACUGUCUGCCGGCGCUGGACAGCUGUUCCGAAAGAUUCUGUUUCGGUGAAAGCGACGCCGCCUGUGAAGCUACCACCCCCGCACAGCCCCCAGCACCUACCGCUACAGUCAAUGUUUACACCACUGAAGCUGUCACGCAGCCUCCAGCACCUACCACUACAGCCGAUGUUAACACCACCCCCGCUGUCACACAGACCCCAGCACCUACCAAACGACCUCAUCCCAAGACAACUACUCAGUUCCCGUUUGUGUCACAGUUUUGUUCGUCAGAUCCCUGCUCUGCGAAUAACCUUCCGAAUAUCCUCAAUCCAAUGGACAGAAGUGAGAAUUGCAAGUACACUUCUUUAUUGCAAUCAUGUGACCGCGAUUUGUCUCCAGGAUGGUAUAGGGCUGAGGGGAAAGAAAAAACACUUCUAAACACAUGUCCAGGUGCUCUGUCCUGUGGCGCAAUACACCCUGUUUGGAUGAAUGGAUCACAUCCCAAAGAAAAUGACGGACUUGUGCGACGAGAAAUUUGCACUGCUGGGUUUCGGGGAAGAAAUGAGUGUUGCCUUCAGCGAGAAAACAUUUUUGUGAAAAAUUGUGGAGGUUAUAUGGCGUAUUGUUUGUGGCCAUUGAAAAAGUGCGAGGAACGAUAUUGCUUCGGAAAGCACGCAGACUGUUCUGAGUAUACAGAUGAUGCAGAUAGAAUUAUCCUACAACAAUACAAGCCUGAAAGAAAGCUGUCGCACAAUUCUGUGGUUGUGAUUGCCAUUGUAGCAGUCAUAUUGAUUAGUUUGAGUAUAAUCACACUACUAAUCCUAAGGAGGAAAACAGUCUUAAACUCCUGUACUUGGGAUGACCAUUUCAGUCGUCUUAGUGAGAAGUGUGGGUGCACUCCAAGUCACAAAAAGGGACUUGUACCUUUGUCAGAAAGCACAGUAUCGACGAAGAUUUCCUAUGCAUAGAUGACAUUGCCUGUAUCUGUUGGGGUUCUGCAACCGUCUUUGAUAGGAUACGAUCGCUUUAUAUUCUGUGAUGAACCGUCUCCAUAAUGUAAAUUUUUAUAUAGAUACCUAUAUCAAAAUCAUAUUUGCAGAAACAAUUUGUUGUGCUUUGUUAUUUUUGCUGUGCUUGUUGCUAAUUUGUCUGGUAGAAGUAUUCUUACUAGAGUAUCAAAUGUAUAUACCGUAAAAUGGUAUUUUUUACGAUAAUUCAAUUUUCACUUUCUUUGCGAGUAUUUCUGAAUCGCAAACAAUUAAUUUCGCAUAAAAUUUACACCAACUGUGUACCAUAUCUCACAAGAUACGAAAAACUCAGCGAGUAGAAACUCCCCACCUCAGGUGUUAAUUAUCUGAAACGGUGACCGGGUGUUAUCACUCUGUACACGCACCUGUUAACAUGUUAACACAUGUAACAGUAAUGUCUAUUCAGUACGAGAUUAAAAUCUGUCAACCAAUUUGUAACUCUUAAAUUCGACUUGGUAAAUCACAUAAAAAAGAACUACGCAAAUAAAAAUUAACAGUGUGUUUGCCUUUAUUAGUGUUAUAUUCUAGUGUACCUACAUGUAUGCUAUGUUAAAUGUAUUGUUUAUAUGCCUUUGCGAUAUUGUAAUAGUACUGCCUUGUAUAUGUUUUAUGUAAUUGGCAAAUUUCUCUUACAUGUAAAACCUUAUGUUUCUACUUGUUAAACCAGUUUGAGAUAAAUAUCAUCUUAUCUAAAA